CAAAGGUUUAGUAACAGCCUAAUGAAGGCAAGUUAGAGAAGACCUCCAGGAAUCAGGUUAGGCUCCUGGAGCAGGGAGGUUUGUGAAAGAAGCUGCUGUACUUGUUAGGGAGAGUAGGUGGGGGAAUUGCUGGGAAGAAGGCCUUGGAGGGGAAAAAUCCUGCCAGGCAGUACUUGGCUUUAAAAGUACAGAAAAACUCUGCUGAGCCUAGGAGUAGGGGCAAAGAGCAGCAAACUUCAGUGUUCCCCAAGAAGGGCAGAAGAACUGUGUGUUUGGAUGUUUGUUUGGAUUUUCAGUUAGACUUUCUUUUCCCUAAAAGAGGACUGUUCUUUAAAGAUGGCUUAGCUGGAGAGUUGGGCUAUGGAAGAUGUAGCAAGAAACAGGUUAUCUCAGGGCCAAAGAGGGUGCUGGAGAUGAAGACUUCUGCAAUGCUGCCUUCAUGCUAGGGGAUGCUGUUGUGAAAAAUGUGAUGAGCCACUGGUCUCAGCAUUAUCCCACUCCUCCUUCAGCAGUUCAUCAUCUAUGACUAGUAGCUAUUCACCAGGGUAUGCAAAGCUAAACAAAAGAGGAGGGGCUGGAGGCUGGUCUCCAUCAGAUAGUGACCAUUAUCAAUGGCUGCAGGUGGAUUUUGGGAGCAGGAAACAAAUCAGCGCUAUAGCAACGCAAGGCAGAUACAGCAGCUCUGAUUGGGUGACUCAAUACCGGAUGCUGUAUAGUGAUACAGGGAGAAACUGGAAGCCGUAUCACCAGGAUGGAAACAUUUGGGCAUUUCCUGGAAAUACAAAUUCUGAUAGCGUGAUCCGGCAUGAUUUACAGCAUCUGGUUAUAGCCCGCUACAUACGCAUAGUUCCUCUCGACUGGAGUGGAGAGGGCCAAAUUGGGCUGAGAACUGAGGUCUACGGCUGCCCGUACUGGGCCGAUGUUAUCAAUUUUGAUGGCCAUGCUGUGUUACCAUACAGAUUCAGGAACAAGAAAAUGAAAACACUGAAAGAUGUCAUCACUUUGAAAUUUAAAACCUCUGAAAGUGAAGGUGUCAUCUUCCAUGGAGAAGGACAGCAAGGAGACUAUAUCACCCUGGAACUGAAAAAAGCCAAGCUGAUCCUUAAUUUAAAUCUAGGUAGCAACCAGUAUGGCUCAAUUUAUGGUCACACAUCUGUGAUGACAGGCAGCCUCUUGGAUGACCACCAUUGGCACUCCAUUGUCAUAGAACGUCAUGGGAGGAACAUCAAUCUAACACUGGAUAGGCACAUGCAACAUUUCAGAACCAAUGGGGAAUUUGAUUACCUGGACCUGGACUAUGAGAUAACCUUUGGUGGUAUGCCUUUUUCUGGGAAGCCAAGUUCAAAUAGCGGGAAAAACUUCAAAGGCUGUAUGGAAAGCAUCAAUUACAAUGGUAAUAAUAUCACAGACCUUGCCAAGAGGAGGAAAUUGGAACCUUCUAAUGGGGGAAACUUAAGUUUUUCAUGUGUGGAGCCACAUACAGUGCCUGUCUUUUUCAAUGCUACCAGUUACCUGGAAGUGCCUGGUCGCUUGAAUCAGGACCUGCUUUCAGUCAAUUUCCAGUUUCGGACCUGGAACCCCAAUGGACUUCUUCUCUUCAGCAACUUUGCCGAUGGAUUGGGUAAUGUCGAGAUUGACCUGACCGAAGGCAAAGUCAGUGUCCACAUCAAUGUCACCCAGGCGAAGAAGAACCGAAUAGACAUCUCAUCAGGCUCGGGACUCAACGAUGGGCAAUGGCAUGAAAUCCGGUUUCUAGCUAAGGAAAACUUUGCUGUCCUCACCAUUGAUGGAGACGAAGCCUCAGCAGUUCGAACAAACAGUCCUCUGCAAGUUAAAACUGGAGAGAAAUAUUUCUUUGGAGGGUUCCUUCCACAAACAAAUGACUCAAAUCGUUCCCUGCUCCAGCUCUCAUUCCAAGGAUGCAUGCAGUUUAUUCAUGUGGAUGAUCAACUGGUGGAUUUGCAUGCAGUGGAGCAAGGCAAACUGGGAAGCUUUGCCAAUGUCAGCAUUGAUAUGUGUGCCAUUAUUGACAGGUGCGUGCCCAAUCACUGUGAACAUGGUGGCAAAUGCUCCCAAACGUGGGACAGCUUCAAAUGUACUUGUGAUGGAACUGGAUACAGUGGUGCCACCUGUCACAACUCUAUUUAUGACCUCUCCUGUGAAGCAUACAAACACUUGGGCAAAACCUCAAAUUAUUACUGGAUAGAUCCAGAUGGCAGUGGGGCACUGGGACCUUUGAAAGUUUACUGCAACAUGACAGAGGAUAAAGUAUGGUCAACUGUGUAUCAUGAUCUGCAGAUGCAGACUUCAGUGGUAGGCAACGGCCCGGAAAAAUACUCUGUAUUACAGCUCAAUUACAGUGCCACCAUGGAUCAGAUCUCUGCCAUCACCAGUAGUGCUGAAUACUGUGAGCAGUACAUCUCCUACUCCUGCAAGAUGUCCAGGCUGCUGAACACCCCAGAUUAUGCCAUCUGUGAUACCUGUGAAGCCCAGGUGCCUUCAGUGGAUUUACACAGGUAUGGGAAUCCAUACACCUGGUGGGUUGGAAAAGCCAAUGAGAAGCACUACUAUUGGGGUGGCUCUGGACCUGGCAUUCAGAAAUGUGCCUGUGGCAUUGAACGCAAUUGUACUGAUCCCAAAUACUAUUGCAACUGCGAUGCUGAUGCUAAACAAUGGAGAAAAGAUGCUGGGCUCUUGUCUUACAAAGAACAUCUACCAGUGAGUCAAGUGGUGGUUGGAGAUAUUGACCGAUCUGGAUCAGAAUCCAAGUUAACUGUGGGUCCUGUGCGCUGUCAAGGAGACCGGAAUUACUGGAACGCUGCGUCUUUCAUUACUCCAUCGUCCUACCUUCACUUCUCCACGUUCCAAGGGGAAACCAGUGCAGACAUCUCUUUCUACUUCAAAACAUCAGCCCCUGAUGGAGUGUUUCUUGAGAAUUUGGGGAAUACAGACUUCAUCAAACUUGAGCUGAAAUCUGCUAUUGAAGUGUCCUUUUCAUUUGAUGUUGGAAAUGGCCCAGUGGAGAUCAUUGUCAGAUCCCCCAACCCACUCAAUGAUGACCAAUGGCAUCGAGUCAUCGCUGAGAGGAAUGUCAAGCAGGCCAGUCUGCGGGUGGACCAGCUGCCGCAGGAGAUCCGGAAAGCACCAACGGAAGGCCACACACGAUUGGAACUGUAUAGCCAGUUAUAUGUUGGUGCCGCAGGAGGCCAGAGAGGAUUUCUGGGUUGCAUUCGCUCUUUAAGAAUGAAUGGGGUGACUCUGGACUUGGAAGAGAGAGCCAAGGUCACACUGGGGGUGAAACCUGGCUGCUCUGGCCACUGCACCAGCUAUGGAAUGUACUGUGAGAAUGGAGGUAAAUGUGUCGAGAAAUACAAUGGCUACUCCUGUGACUGUUCCAAAACUGCAUAUGAUGGACCAUUUUGCAUAAAAGACGUUGGAGCAUUUUUUGAAGAGGGGAUGUGGCUCCGAUAUAAUUUCCAGUCCCCAGGGAUCAGUGUGAAAGACUUAGUCAGCCGAACUAUGUUGAGCUCUACAGACCAUGAUAACACUGUGCCAGACCUCAGAUUGAAUAAGGAGGCGCUCAGUUUCAGCUUCAGUACCACCAAGUCCCCUUGUGUCCUCCUGUACAUCAGCUCUUACACUCAGGACUACAUGGCAGUGCUUGUCAAGCCAUCUGGAAACUUACAGAUUCGAUACAACCUUGGAGGCACUGGAGAGCCAUAUAACAUUGAUGUAGACCACAGAAACAUGGCAAAUGGACAGCCACACAGUGUUAAUAUCACACGGAAUGAAAGGGAUAUAGUUCUCCAGCUUGAUCAUUAUCCUCCAGCAAGUUACAGCCUGCCAACAGCUUCUGACACUCAGUUCAACUCCCCAAAGGCGCUCUUCCUGGGAAAAGUUAUAGAAACUGGGAAGAUCGACCAAGAUAUCUAUCAAUACAAUACACCAGGAUUCACUGGCUGCCUAUCUAGAGUGCAGUUCAACCAGGUUGCCCCACUCAAGGCAGCCCUGAGACCUACCAACACCUCCUCUCACGCCCACGUUCAAGGGGAGCUAGUGGAAUCCAACUGCGGAGCAUCUCCGCUGACCAUCCCACCAAUGUCUGCGGCCACUGACCCCUGGCAUUUAGAUUCAGCCAGUGCUGAUUUCCCAUACAAUGGUCAAGCUAUAGGAGAUGGAGUUAACAGGAACUCUGCCAUUAUUGGAGGUGUCAUCGCCGUUGUGAUCUUCACCAUCCUUUGCACGCUGGUGUUCCUGAUACGCUACAUGUUCCGUCACAAGGGAACCUACCACACCAAUGAGGCCAAGGGGGCGGAGUCUGCUGAGAGCGCUGAUGCAGCCAUCAUGAACAAUGACCCCAACUUUACGGAGACCAUCGACGAGAGCAAAAAAGAGUGGCUUAUCUGAGAGUAAUCAGGAAGAAAGUCGUGCCAAGGAGGAUGUGCCUGCAAAGCUGAUCUAUCCACUGAUUUGCACACCCUACCUAGUUGGUGAAACAUGAUGGCAUCAAUUUCCAAUCAUUCUAAUCUGCUGGCCUUUUCAGAGAGUACAAUUUCCCCAAAAUGUAAUCAGGACAUUAUGGUUACCACCUUUAAAUAAAUAUAUAAACCCCGAUCCAAGAGUAUAGUGUAUCUGAGAUUCCUCCAUUACAGGCAUUUAGUCUACAGAUUUAUAGCUAUGUUUGCUAUGUUAUGCUUGAAUAAACAUAUAAUUCACUGAAGUACACAAGACAGAUAAAAGAAUACACUGUCUCUUUAAAGAGAAGAAAUUGUUUGUAAAUUUAUAAAGAGCAUAAUCUGUUAGGCCUUAUUUGAAGUAUGUACUGUGGUUUGGUAAAAGUACAACAUUAAAAGAGCC